AUGAAUAAUAAUCUUAUCAACCUAUCUGCAGAGUUGUUGCAAGCCCAAGACAUAAAGAAAUAUUUAUUAAAAGAUGUAAUUUGAGUCCUAAAAUUAACUAGCUCGAUCGAACCACUUUGAAGUUGAGAUAUUUCGAGCAAGGGUAUAAUGAUGGAAGGCCUAUUUGUUUAAAUAAAACCUACUUGGAGAGAGAUGAUGAGGAGUGUUACAAUGAAAUACGAAUGAGGAAGGCUAAGCCAAUGUAUAGAUUAAUGUUUGGCACAGAAUUCCAUAUCAAGGAAUUAUCAAACAGAUUGAAAGUAUUCCUAAAGGAGUUGGGUGUUCAUGUUGCAGCUGAAGAUACAAGGGGUUUGAGUAGUCAAAUAACAUUGGCAUUUGUGGAUAUUUUAGAGGAAAUUUACAUUAUAUAUAAGCAAACUGCAAUGCAAGGAGAAGAUGGUUAAUCGUACUUUAUGAAAAGUGUGAUGAACGUAUUGGCUACAUAUAGAGGAUAUGACUUCAUAAUUAUAGAACCAAAUUAUAAUGAAGUUUAGCUUUCAGUUCUUUAUUCAACAAUGUUCGAGGUGGAUAGUCAAAUAGACAGGAUAAUGGCCUAGACUCUGCAUUAAGAAAAUGAUUACAGUAAUCAAAUAAUUGAGUAUGGAACAUUUAAUAAAGACUUAAAAAAUUACACAGAUGUUGUAAAUAUGGAGCCAUUAAAUUUUGAAUACAAUUGGGAAAUCGAAUUUAAAGAAGAAGAGCCACAAGUAAUAGAAUAAAUUGAUGUAAUUGAAGAUACAGAGAUUAUCAAUUAUUUGCCAGAAUUUGAUAAACAAUUUCAUUUUUUUUUAGUGAAUGCAUAGCCAGAAAAUUGGUAAUAAUUGGUAUAUGACUUAUUAAAAGACUUAUGUGAUAAGAACUUGUCAAAUUAAGUUUUGGAAUGGAAAUUUUAUGAAAUAUUAAAAAAUGUAGAAGCUGCAUAAUAUUUAUUGAUACAUAGAAAAGAUAUAGUUAAGUUUUUGAGUAAAAAGAAAUUCUUGGAAUAGUACAAUUAUUAAUAGAAACAAAACAUGUAAAAUAAAGAGACAGCCUCUUCAAAUUAUCAAUUACUAGCUAAAAUUGGUAUAGAUAUUGACUAAGAUGAAUUGUUGGUAUUAAGAAAAUUAGAACUUAGAAGUCUACAAAAAAUAUCGAGUACAUUCUAAGAAGGUUUAAUAGAAUUUGAUCCCGAAUAAUAUGCAAGAAUGGAACAAUAAACUUUGCUUAGAUAUUUUCCGACUUCUACAAGGACAGACAAAUUGGAAUAUCUAUACAUACGAAUUGAUCCAUUACCAAGGAAGCCAAUUAAGGAAGAUACAUUGAUUCCCAUCCUUGAUCUUCCAGAAUGGGCAAGGAAAGCUUUUGAAGGGACAAAUCGUCUAAAUGUUAUUCAAUCAUAAAUAUAUCCUAAAGCAUUUUUGACUGAAGAAAAUCUAUUAAUUAGUAUGUGCACCUACAGGAGCAGGUAAAACCAAUAUAGCAUUGUUGGCAAUUCUCCAUGAAUUAGCUAAGAGAGUAGAUCAAAAAGAAAAAAGAUUGAAAGAUUAAGAUUUUAAGAUCGUCUAUAUAUCUCCAAUGAAAGCAUUAGCUAGUGAGAUUGUUGAAAAAUUCUAAACCAAACUCAGGUAUUUGGGAGUAAAAGUGAAAGAGUUUACAGGAGAUAUGUAAUUAACGAAGAAAGAAUUAUAAGAGACUCAUAUUAUAUUGACAACACCAGAAAAAUGGGAUGUUAUUACUAGAAAAACCAAUUAAAUUAGCGAGCAAUUAAAACUAUUAAUUAUCGAUGAGGUUCAUUUACUUAAUGAUGAUAGAGGUCCGAUAUUGGAAUGUGUUGUUGCUCGUACACUCUAAUAAGUUUAAAGAGCGUAAAGUUAUAUCAGAUUAGUAGGUUUAUCUGCAACACUUCCAAAUUAUUGGGAUGUUGCUAUAUUUUUGGAAUGUCAUAAAGAAAGUGUGUUCUUUUUUGAUCAUACAUUCAGACCUGUACCAUUAUGUCAGAAAUUCAUAGGAUGUAAAGAACCUGUUUAAGCACCUGCUAAGGGAUAAAGAAGAAGAACCAAAAGAGAUAUCCAAAAUGAAUAAGCCUAUGAAUUGAUGAAAGAAGUGGUGAAGCAUAAUAAACAAGUGCUCAUUUUUGUGCAUUCUCGUAAAGAGACUGUUAAUUAUGCUAAAUGGAUAGUGGAAAGGGCCACUCGUUUAGGUGAUAAGUAUGUUAUUGGAACAACUAAAAUUAAUUGUACUAAGAUAAAUGAUAAGGAAUUAAAAAAAUUGUUGCCUUAUGGAUUGGCAUUCCAUCAUGCUGGUAUGUUAAGAGCAGAUCGUAAUUCAGUCGAAAGGUUUUUCUUAAGUGGAGAUGCAAGAGUAUUGAUAGCCACAGCCACUUUAGCUUGGGGUGUUAAUUUGCCUGCUUUUGCUGUUAUCAUUAAAGGGACGGAUAUAUUUGAUGUUACUCGAGCAGACAUAUAGAAUUUAUGUGUUUUGGACGUGUAAUAAAUGUUUGGUAGAGCUGGCAGACCUUAAUUUGAUGAUAAGGGGGAAGCAACUUUAAUAACUGACUUCGAUAAUGUUGGCCAUUAUAUGGGUAUGCUAAACAAUGCCAGUUAUAUUGAAAGCAAAUUAUUAACAUUCCUAAGAGAAGCAUUAAAUGCAGAAAUAGUUCUAGGGAAUAUUACUAAUUCUAAUGAAGCAUAUAAUUGGAUGUGUCACACUUUCUUAAGCAUUAGAUUAAGAAGAAAUCCUUUGUAUUAUGGUGUUGAAAGGGCAUUCAAUGAUUUGGAAUUAGAUUGUGAUGCUUUAGUGGAAGAAAAGAUUAAUGAGGCUUUAAAAUAGUUGGACACAUUAAAAUUGGUGAGGUUUGACUCUCGGAAUCAUCUAGUUACAUCGACAGACUUAGGUAGAAUUGCUUCUCAUUAUUAUAUCAAGUGUGAAACCAUGAAGACUUUGUGUGAUGAUAUGGGUUUGUCAUUUGAUUCAUAAGAGAAUUAAAAAUUCCAUUUCUAAACUUAAUACUAAUUGCUUAAGAUCAUGGCUAAGGCCAGAGAAUUUGAGAUGAUUCGAGUCAGGCCUGAAGAAACUAAAGAGUUAUAGAAGAUUUAUGAUGAAGCUUGGGUUUUUUAAGAUGAGCCUGACAUCAGAGGCGAAUCAAAUGAUAUUCCUGAAAGUGUUAUAGAAACUUAGGAGAAAGUUAUUGCACUUAUUAGUGCUUAUCUUUAUAACAUGAAUUUUGAAAAUUAUGCAUUAACGAUGGAUACUAAUAUUAUUAUUUAGAAUGCUAUAAGAUUAUUGAGAUGUAUGUUGGAUAUGGCAAUCAAGAAAAACCAAGCAUGUACGGCACUUGAAUUACUGAAACUGUGUAAGAUGAUUGAAAAUAGAAUGUGUCCCCAAUAGAACCCUCUCUUUUAAUUUAGUAAGGAUAACUUCUAAGGAUUUAAUACUCGAAAAAUAGUGAAAUCUAAAGAUGCUUACAUGCCUAGAGCCUGGCUAGAUGCUGUGGCUGAAUGCUAAUUAGAUGCCUACUAGAUGAAGUUGGAAGAUGAUGCUGCUUUGGCUAAUUUGCUAUAAAUACCUGAGAAUUUGAUAUCUUAAUUUAAAGCCUAUGUAAAUAUGAUACCUGAUUUUCAAAUUGAUUAUACAGUUAAACCAAUCUCUCAAACUAUCUUAUAAUUGAUUGUUUUCAUUACCCCAUAUUUUACAUUCAGUAGUAAAUGGCACUUAAAGAAUGAGCCAUUUUGGAUAUUUGUUGAUGACUCUGAAGAACUAUUGCAUUCUGAAGAAUUUUUAAUGGAUAUGGAUAACAUUAUUCAUCGAAAAACUAUGUAAGUAUCCUUUUAUGUACCAUUUAAUUCAAAAGGAAAGAAAUACCAUUUGACAAUUCAAAGUGAUAGAUGGAUAAUGUUGGAUGAUGAUUAAACUACAAUGUAGAUUGAUAUAUAAAAUGCUUUAAUGGAUAACGAUGAGAUGGAUUUUAUUGAGUUAUUAGAUUUACAACCUUUACCAAUUAGUGUAUUAAACAAUAGUGAAUUUGAACAAUUAUACUCGUAGUAUAAAUACUUUAAUCCUAUAUAAACUUAAGUGUUUUUUGGACUCUACAAUACAGAUGACAAUAUACUUAUUGGAGCACCUACAGGAUCAGGUAAAACAAUAAUGGCUGAGUUCGCAAUGUUACGAGUGUUCAAAUAAUCCCCUUAAUUUAAAGUUGUUUACAUAGCACCAUUGAAAGCCAUUGCAAAAGAGAGACUAAUCGACUGGACUAAGAGAUUAAAGAGUAUCAAUAAAAAUGUGCUUGAAUUAACAGGAGAUUACACCCCUGAUUUACAAGCACUUUUAAAGGCUCAUGUGUUAAUAACAACUCCAGAGAAAUGGGAUGGCAUUAGUAGAAGUUGGAAUAAUAGAGAAUAUGUGAAACAGACAUGUCUAUUAAUUUUUGAUGAAAUCCAUCUUCUUGGAUAAGAGAGGGGUUAGGUCUUAGAAGUAAUAGUAAGUAGAAUGAAUUCAUUAAAUUAUGAUACAAAUAAGAAGACUAGAAUGAUUGGGUUGUCGACAGCUAUGGCAAAUGGAUUAGAUAUGAGUAAUUGGUUUGGAGUCAAGAAAGGAAGAUUUUAUAAUUUUAAACUAUCUUGCCGACCUGUACCUGUCACCAUUCACUUUAAUGGAUUUCCAGAAAGAGCCUAUUGUCCAAGAAUGGCCACUAUGAAUAAACCAGCUUAUCAGGAUAUUAAAAGAUUUAGUGAUGGUAAACCAACCAUCAUUUUUGUAUCUUCUCGUAGACAAACUCGAUUAACAGCUUUGGAUAUUAUAGCAUUGGCAAUGCAAGAAGGAAAUCAAAAACAAUAUAUAUAAACAACUGAGUAAGAAUUAGCUUAAGUGUGUAAUAAGGUUGAUGAUGCAUAACUAAAACAAGUCUUGGAAUAUGGAAUUGGAAUCCAUCAUUCUGGACUUGAUAAAAAUGAUAGAAACAUAGUCGAAAAUCUAUUUAUUUAAGGAAAGAUUCAAUUGCUUAUAGCUACAUCUACUUUGGCUUGGGGAGUAAACUUCCCUGCUAGAUUAGUUAUAGUUAAAGGUACUGAGUAUUUUGAUCCAAAAUUAAAGAAAUAUGUAGAUUUUCCAGUUACUGAUCUAUUAUAAAUGAUAGGAAGAGCUGGUAGACCUCAAUAUGAUACUUUUGCUACUGCUUGUGUCUAUGUAGAAUAAAGCAAGAAGAAUUUCUAUCGUAAAUAUCUAAACUCUCCUUUCCCAAUUGAAUCAAGUUUACUCUAAGGCAUUUCAGAUCAUAUUAAUGCUGAAAUCUCUUCUGGAAUGGUUAAAAAUAAAUAAACAUUUAUAGAUUGGAUUACUUGGACAUAUUUCUUCAGAAGGUUAAUCAAAAAUCCCACUUUCUAUGAUUGUUCUAGCACAAAUACUCAAGAGAUAUAGUAAUAUUUAAAUAAACUAAUUGCUAAUACUAUCAGUGAAUUGGUUUCAUCAAAAUGUAUUACUUAAGAUGAUGGAUAAUAUGUAUCAACAUUCUUGGGCAAUCUUGCUGCAUUUUAUUAUCUUAAACACACUACUUUAAAGCAUUUUGAUGAUAGAAUUUAAUAACAGAGCAAUUUCGAAGAUUUAUUAAAAACUUUAGCUUAUUCUAGUGAAUUUGACGAAGUACCUGUUAGACAUAAUGAAGAACAUUUAAAUGAAGCAUUAUCAAAAUUAUGUAAGUUGAAAUAUGACAAACACAAAAUGAACCAUCCAAAUGAAAAAGCCUACUUAUUGCUUUAAGCUCACAUUUUCAGAUUAAAAUGUCCUAUUAAAGAUUUUGAGACAGAUCAAAAACUUAUUUUAGACUAAUGUAUCAGAAUCAUAAGCUGUAUGAUUGAGGUAUCUGCAAAUAAAGGAUAUCUUUAAACUACUCUUAAUAUUAUAUAUAUGUUAUAAACGAUUGUUUAAGGUUUUGUCAAAAAUGAAGAGUAAGUUCUAAUGAAUUUACCUCAUUUGCACAAACUGAAACCAGAGUAAUGCAUGUAGAGAGUUAGGAAUAUGAAAGACUUAUUGUAGUUUUAUAAUGUAAUUAUAUAAUUGUAAAUUUUAGCUUAGGGAAUUCGAUAUUUUCCUAUAAAAUAAUGUUCAUCAUAAAGAAGGUAUUGCUGAAAUUAUGAAAGCUAUAAAUGCAUUACCUGAUAUUUAAUUAGCUUACACUAAAACUGAAAACUAACUAAAAGUCAAUCUCAAAAAUUAGAGCAACCCUGACAACAAGGUUUAUAUUUAGAAGCUAAAUAAACAAAGAGAAGCUUCCUGGUGGUUAAUCCUUGGAGAAGAUGAUCGAGUUGUUUAAAUUAAAAAAGUAUACUUGAAGAGCACUGCCAGUAAAGAUCUUGAUAUUGAGGAUUGGACUAGAAAUUACAAAUUGUACUUGAUGUCAGAUUCUUAUUUGGGAUUGGAUUAGAUUAUUGAUAUUAAAUGA